GGUGGCUGAAUAUAAAUCACUGUAUUAAUUCGCGAUUUAUGGUGAUCAUUUGCGAUCUAUUUUUCUGAGCUGAGGAUAAUUGAGGGAAGUGCUGGGAUUUUUGCUCCUGUGUUUUGUGGGGUCUCUUGGGGGCCAUGAGGCUUUGGAUUCAGACAUGCAGAAGCCGUUGAGAGAGCUGAGCCGGCUGUGCCUGGGUACGAGCAGUCACAACAAUCCGGUGGUUGUCACUGCUGAUGUUGUCUGCACGGAGCCACCGAGUGGUCUGCCUCUACUGCAGGUCUGGCCCAGCGAUUCACCCAGAGGUGAGGCUGACGGGCAGGCUUUCAUCUUCCCUGAUGCCCCGGACAGUGUCAAUGAUAGUGGAAUAGAAUCAAUCCAGCGAGACGAUAAUUAUCGAGCCUCCCCGAAAAAGGCAUCACCAUCGCCAUGCGGUGCGGCCUGCACCAGCACAGCGGCCAGUCCUCAGCAGUCGCGUCGUCCGAGUCUGCUGCAUCCGGACCACGCGCGCCUGCACCUCCAUCAUCUGCACCACAACCACCACGCGGUAUCGAGAUCACCGCCAUCGCCAGACAGAACGUCCAUCGAUGAGGAGCCGCCCCCCGCUCCACCUAGUCCCUCCAGCUCGACGACAAGCAGUCUGAGGUCUAUGCCAAGUUCAGCACUUGCAUCGGUUCAUUCGUCUCACGAUAGGCGACGCAGUAGCAGAUACUCAGUGUUCGACGCACUGGACUUGGAAUACGCACUCCUGCGAGCAGCAGCCCGUGGCUCGGUGGGUCCCUACUCACUAUCCGAGUCCCUCCACAAGCUGACGUUCACUCAGAGCCUGGCCUUUCCCGCAUUAGCCCGCGGAUUAGCUUCAAAACAAAGUGUCCCAACAAGACGUCCUCAGCAGCACUCCGAAAGCGGUUUGAAUGCAUUUGCAAAGGUCGUCACCGCAGUUGUACUCAUGCUAGUGAGCGUUCUCGUGUUUGGUGUUGUGUAUAAAUUCGUGAGGACGUGAGGAUGGCUACUGGCACCCGGACGACAAUAUGACUCGCCGCAAGACAUUAGGAGAGUUGAGGAUGCAGUUGUCUCGGGUGCCGGUGAUCUGUUUCAAGUGGACACGUGAGUGUCUGAUUAGUUUGGGGAGAGUGGGAAAUUUGGGGACCCCUGAGUGGUGUUUUGGUGAGAGGAAAUUGGAGGUGAACAUGUGAGUUGUUGAAUGCUUGCAUCCUGAGUGGUUUGUUUGAGUUAAGUGAACUUUAUUCGAAUCAAAUACACUGUUGAAUGACUCCGGCUGGAAUUUGGUACUGAAAUUUCGAGCACAGGGAGAAAAAAUGCUUUGAUUCUCGGGGAUAUGUCGCUUCAUUUCAGGGAUCCAUCGGUAAUUAUUAGAGGUAGUGAACACUGACUAGAGUGACUGAUUCAUCAGCAAGAAUCGGCAGAAAUCACUACUUCGGUGAUAUUAAAAGGAGUUUAUUUUUAAUUAAUUACGGAUAUCCAAGUAUAUUUUAUCAUUUUCCAUUAUCAAAUUCGUCAA